GGCCGCGACGGGAGAGAGGCUGCGGCGAGUGAGGCGCUGACAGGGACUCGCGGGGGCAUCUUGCACAGACCCCUGGACCACGCCGCCAUCGCAGCCUCCAGCCCAGUCCUCUCUCUGCCGCUUCUCCUCGCCAUGGAGGCGAGGCCGCCGCCGCCGCCGCGGGGCUUCGAGCAGCGGACCGGGCGGCGGCCCUGAGGGGAGCGGCGGGCCGAGACGCCGCCGCGGUCCUGAGGCGGAGCUGCCGUGCGCGUCCCCCGCGGUCCCGCCCAGCGCCGGGCUCGGUCAGCAUGGAUUCCUGGUUCAUUCUUGUCCUGUUUGGCAGUGGUCUAAUACAUGUUAGUGCCAACAAUGCUACUACAGUUUCACCUUCUUUAGGAACGACAAGAUUAAUUAAAACAUCAACAACAGAAUUGGCUAAGGAAGAGAAUAAAACCUCAAAUUCAACCUCUUCAGUAAUUUCUCUUUCUGUGGCACCAACAUUCAGCCCAAACCUGACUCUGGAGCCCACCUAUGUGACUACUGUUAAUUCUUCACACUCUGACAAUGGGACCAGGAGGGCAGCCAGCACGGAAUCUGGAGGCACUACCAUUUCCCCGAACGGAAGCUGGCUUAUUGAGAACCAGUUCACGGAUGCCAUAACAGAACCCUGGGAGGGGAACUCCAGCACUGCAGCAACCACUCCAGAAACCUUCCCCCCGGCAGAUGAGACACCAAUUAUUGCGGUGAUGGUGGCCCUGUCCUCUCUGCUAGUAAUCGUGUUUAUUAUCAUAGUUCUGUACAUGUUAAGGUUUAAGAAAUACAAGCAAGCUGGGAGUCAUUCCAACUCUUUCCGCCUGUCAAAUGGCCGCACGGAGGAUGUGGAGCCCCAAAGUGUACCACUUCUGGCCAGGUCCCCAAGCACCAACAGGAAGUACCCACCACUGCCUGUGGACAAGCUGGAAGAGGAGAUUAACCGGAGAAUGGCUGAUGACAAUAAGCUCUUCAGAGAAGAAUUCAACGCUCUCCCUGCUUGUCCUAUCCAGGCCACCUGUGAGGCUGCCUCCAAGGAAGAAAACAAGGAAAAAAACCGCUAUGUAAACAUCCUGCCCUUUCUCUCUUUAGCUGUGAGCAAGGAUGCAGUGAAAGCACUGAACAAAACCACUCCAUUGCUAGAAAGAAGGUUUAUUGGGAAAUCAAACUCCAGAGGCUGUCUCUCAGAUGACCACUCUAGAGUGCACCUGACACCUGUUGAAGGGGUCCCAGAUUCUGAUUACAUCAACGCUUCAUUCAUUAAUGGCUACCAGGAAAAGAACAAAUUCAUCGCUGCACAAGGACCAAAAGAAGAAACAGUGAAUGACUUCUGGAGAAUGAUAUGGGAACAAAACACAGCUACUAUUGUCAUGGUGACCAACCUGAAGGAGAGAAAGGAGUGUAAAUGUGCCCAAUACUGGCCAGACCAAGGCUGCUGGACCUAUGGGAAUGUCCGUGUGUCUGUCGAGGAUGUGACUGUUCUGGUGGACUACACAGUACGGAAAUUCUGCAUCCAGCAGGUGGGCGACGUGACCAACAGGAAACCACAGCGCCUCAUCACUCAGUUCCACUUCACCAGCUGGCCAGACUUUGGGGUGCCUUUCACCCCAAUUGGCAUGCUCAAGUUCCUCAAGAAGGUGAAGGCCUGUAACCCUCAGUACGCAGGGGCUAUCGUGGUCCACUGCAGUGCAGGUGUAGGGCGCACUGGCACCUUUGUUGUCAUCGAUGCCAUGCUGGACAUGAUGCAUUCGGAACGCAAAGUGGAUGUAUACGGGUUUGUGAGCCGGAUCCGGGCCCAGCGCUGCCAGAUGGUACAGACAGACAUGCAGUACGUCUUCAUAUACCAGGCCCUUCUGGAGCAUUAUCUGUAUGGGGACACAGAACUGGAAGUGACUUCUCUAGAAACCCACCUACAAAAAAUUUAUAACAAGAUCCCAGGGACGAGCAACAACGGGUUAGAGGAGGAGUUUAAGAAAUUAACUUCAAUCAAAAUCCAGAAUGACAAGAUGCGCACGGGAAACCUUCCAGCCAACAUGAAGAAGAACCGGGUUUUACAGAUCAUUCCAUAUGAAUUUAACAGAGUGAUCAUUCCAGUCAAACGAGGCGAAGAGAACACAGACUAUGUGAACGCAUCCUUCAUUGAUGGAUACCGGCAGAAAGACUCCUACAUUGCCAGCCAGGGCCCUCUUCUCCACACGAUUGAGGACUUCUGGCGAAUGAUCUGGGAGUGGAAGUCCUGUUCUAUCGUAAUGCUGACAGAACUGGAAGAGAGAGGCCAGGAGAAGUGUGCCCAGUACUGGCCAUCUGAUGGCCUGGUGUCCUAUGGAGACAUCACAGUUGAGCUGAAGAAGGAGGAGGAAUGUGAAAGCUACACUGUCCGAGACCUCCUGGUCACCAACACCAGGGAGAACAAGAGUCGGCAAAUCCGGCAGUUCCACUUCCACGGCUGGCCUGAGGUGGGCAUCCCCAGCGACGGCAAGGGCAUGAUCAACAUCAUUGCAGCAGUGCAGAAGCAGCAGCAGCAGUCGGGGAACCAUCCCAUCACUGUGCACUGCAGUGCCGGGGCAGGACGGACAGGAACCUUCUGUGCCUUGAGCACAGUCCUGGAACGUGUGAAAGCAGAAGGAAUUUUAGAUGUCUUCCAAACUGUCAAGAGCCUGCGGCUGCAGAGGCCACACAUGGUCCAGACACUGGAACAGUAUGAAUUCUGCUACAAGGUGGUACAGGAGUACAUUGACGCCUUUUCAGAUUAUGCCAACUUCAAGUGACAGGUGACAAGGCCCACAGACAGGAGAAUUGCCUUUAAUAUUUUGUAAUAUUCUGUUUUUGUUAAUAUACCCAAAAUUGUAUAUAUCUUAUAACUGUUUUAGAAAUGGCACAUAGGCUUCUAUUACCUGUUAGGUGGAGAUUUUGUAUGUAAAUGUGUUAGCACUGAUAGUCCUUUUCCAGUGUUUUAUUGGGAAAUUAAAUAGUGUGAUAUUUGGGUUGAUAUAAUGAAAUCCUCAGCCUGGAAACUGGGCCAGAUUGUUCCUUGCUUCAAAUAUCUUUUCCUAAAGAAGAUAAACCUAAGACUCAUUCCAGGUAGCUCAGUGCCAACUAAAACAAAGCACAAAGUUCUCAGAGCUCUUGAGGAAAUGGUUGUCUCCCUGUCCCCAGGCAGGCCUCUUCCCCUCCCUGUCCUGUAAAUAUCCCUCCCCUCUCCAGUCCACCCUCAUCUCCCACCAAGAUCAGCCACCUCAGGCAUGGGGAGUAAUGAGACCAGAGCGCCUCUCUGGCACCACAGCAGGGAUCGUCAGGUAAUAAACACUCUUGAUUCCCUGAGGAAAUAUCGGUCCCUUUGUCUUGGGCAGAGCAGUCUUAUGAAGCUGGGGCUCUCCUGGGUUGUUCCUAGCCCUGCUGUUGGCUGGUGUCUUCCAGGUCCUCUUUUCUAUCAAGUAUAAUUAUCCCAGCCACCCACCCAGCUUUGCUCCCUGGGACAGACAGCAAGGGUCUCACUGAGUUUCUCUACAGAAAGAGACACCAGGGACAGAGGAGCUGCUGCAGGCUUGAGCUGAGGCCAUUUUGGCCUCUCUAGUUUCUGUCCAGAAUAAGUUUUAAAUG